AAACAAGGGAUGGUCCAAACAAAAGCUUGGGCCGCGCUGCCACCUCGCCCGCUAAAUAAAACACACUCCCACGCACACCCACCACCGUGCCGAGCAGCGAGCACCUCCUCCUCUUCCUUGUUUCUCGCUCAGUCCCUCCUCACGCUCUAGCUGAGUGAAUUGCUAGCUCCUCUCUCAGCUAAGCUCAGCUGUAAAGCUAAGGCUCGGAGUAGUGUUGUAGCGCGCCGGCCGCCGGAGGGUCUGUAGCGAGCGGCGUUCAGCUCAGCUCACCACCAGCGGAGCUGCGCUUGGAAGGAAGGUGAGAGCUUCAAGGAGGAGGAGGAGGAAGAAGGGCCAAGAUGAUUACCGCGACGGACUUCUACCACGUCAUGACGGCCGUGGUGCCGCUGUACGUGGCGAUGAUCCUGGCCUACGGGUCGGUGCGGUGGUGGCGCAUCUUCUCGCCGGACCAGUGCUCCGGGAUCAACCGCUUCGUCGCGCUCUUCGCCGUGCCGCUGCUGUCCUUCCACUUCAUCUCCACCAACAACCCCUACACUAUGAACCUGCGCUUCAUCGCCGCCGACACGCUGCAGAAGCUCAUGGUGCUGGCCAUGCUCACCGCGUGGAGCCACCUCAGCCGCCGGGGCAGCCUGGAGUGGACCAUCACGCUCUUCUCCCUCUCCACGCUGCCCAACACACUGGUCAUGGGCAUCCCGCUGCUCAAGGGCAUGUACGGCGACUUCUCCGGGAGCCUCAUGGUGCAGAUCGUCGUGCUCCAGUGCAUCAUCUGGUACACGCUCAUGCUCUUCAUGUUCGAGUACCGCGGCGCGCGCUUGCUCAUCACCGAGCAGUUCCCGGACAACGCGGGCGCCAUCGCGUCCAUCGUCGUCGACCCGGACGUCGUCUCCCUCGACGGCCGGAGGGACGCCAUCGAGACGGAGGCCGAGGUGAAGGAGGACGGCAAGAUACACGUCACCGUGCGCCGCUCCAACGCGUCGCGCUCCGACAUCUACUCGCGCCGGUCCAUGGGAUUCUCAAGCACCACGCCGCGGCCCAGCAACCUGACCAACGCCGAGAUCUACUCGCUGCAGUCGUCGCGGAACCCGACGCCACGGGGCUCCAGCUUCAACCACAACGACUUCUACUCCAUGGUGGGGCGCAGCUCCAACUUCGGCGCGGCCGACGCGUUCGGCAUCCGCACGGGCGCCACGCCGCGCCCGUCCAACUACGAGGACGACGCGGCUAAGCCCGCCAAGUACCCGCUCCCCGUGGUGAAUGCGGCGGCGCCCGUUCCCGGGGCGGCGGCGGGACACUACCCCGCGCCCAACCCGGCGGUGGCCGCGGCGCCCAAGAAGAAGGCGGCCGGCACCAACGGGCAGGCCAAGGGCGAGGACCUCCACAUGUUCGUCUGGAGCUCCAGCGCGUCGCCCGUGUCGGACGUCUUCGGCGGCGGCGCGCCGGACUACAACGACGCCGCGGCGGCCGUCAAGUCCCCCCGCAAAAUGGACGGCGGCGGAGCCAAGGACAGGGACGACUACGUGGAGCGCGACGAGUUCAGCUUCGGGAACAGGGGCGCGAUGGACAGGGACGCGGAGGCAGGGGACGAGAAGGCCGCGGCGGCGACCGCGGUUGCUGGCGGGGACCCCAACGCGGUAGCCGCGCCGACGGCGAUGCCGCCGACGAGCGUGAUGACCCGUCUCAUCCUGAUCAUGGUGUGGCGCAAGCUCAUCCGCAACCCGAACACCUACUCCAGCCUCAUCGGCGUCAUCUGGUCACUCGUCUGCUUCAGGUGGAACUUCCAGAUGCCGGCCAUCGUCCUGCAAUCCAUCUCCAUCCUGUCGGACGCGGGGCUCGGAAUGGCCAUGUUCAGUCUCGGGCUGUUCAUGGCGCUGCAGCCGCGGAUCAUCGCGUGCGGGAACAAGGUGGCGACGUUCGCCAUGGCGGUGCGCUUCCUGACCGGUCCGGCCGUUAUGGCGGCCGCGUCCUUCGCCGUGGGCCUCCGCGGGACGCUUCUGCACGUCGCCAUCGUCCAGGCAGCUCUGCCCCAGGGCAUUGUCCCCUUCGUCUUCGCAAAGGAGUACAACGUGCACCCUGACAUUCUCAGCACGGCAGUCAUUUUUGGCAUGCUCAUCGCCCUGCCAAUCACGCUCGUCUACUACAUCCUGCUCGGCCUGUGAUCACCGACCCGUCACCUGUGGAUGAUGGCACCCCCCGCAUUGCUGUAAAGACCACCACUGCUGCCAUAUCCCGUUCAUGGGGGGCAGAGGAGGAGAUAGAGCUGCUACGACAUCGCUUGGCGCUUGCAAAAUGAGUGGCGUGUUUUUUUUUUCUCUCUUCUUUUUUUUUUUUUGGUCUAGAAGUAGGUAUGGGGAUUGGGUGGAUGGAAAGGGUGAGGAGGUGGACAAUACGCGGUAGCUAGGGACGACAAUGGUGAGGCAAAACGGAGCAAAAGCAGGUGCAAGUACAAAGCUUGAAGGGAACAGGAGAUCCAGUUUUAGCAGGUCACGGGAUGGGUUGGGCUAUUUCAACGGGUUUAUUAGGGAAUUUUGUUGGUUGGCCGCGCUGACCGAUGUAAAAUCAACGCCAUUCUGACAGGAGAUGGAUCUUGCUUGAGAUAAGGGCUCACCUCAAUAUAUCGCUGAAAUUUAGGGUGGAUUUUGGUGUGACUAAAA